UGUCUUCUUGUCUUCUUUCUAUUCGUAUCAUAAUAUGACAUAACUGGUCCUUUCUAACCUAUUUUCGGUUCGUUACAACUAGCACGGAUAGCGUAACCAUGGAAUCCCCUUCCGGUGGCGUUGCGCCUAUGGCCAUAGCAGGCCGUAUGGUCAGGGAACGAGAACGUCUUAUUGGUAUGACCGACGAAGAGAGAGCGUGGCGGGCCCAAUGGCUUAAGGAUCAAGUAUUAGCCCCGGAGGAACCUAUCGUACCAAAAGGUUAUUAUGAAGCAAGAUAUAAUCCUAUCAGAAGAUUUUAUCGGGCUCCUCUAGAAAAACUACAGCAAUCUCUGGUUGGCUCUGUGGGUUUGCAUAAAGCUGAGUUUAUUCGCCACUUCAUUGGAAAAACUGGAUUAAUUAUAUUAGGACUUUGGAGUAUAACUUAUUAUUUCAAAUACAAUACAAAUGAUUGGACUCGUAAAGGGGGUUGGAAAGUCAGUUUCUCUCGUGAGAAGAUCUUUCCUAGUGACAAAAAUUUUCCACACUAUGAAAAGCGUAGUAAGCCUAGUGAAUAUGGUACACAUAAAUUUCAUAACAGUCCCAUAUAGUCUGUGAAUAGAAGUAAUUGCUUUUAGGUAUACACUGUUAUGUAAUACAUUGUGUUAAAAUCAUAAUAAAGCUUAAAAAUGUA